AAACAUAUUGAAUUUAAAAUAACACCGAUGACACAUCACGAUUAAAAUUAAAAGCAAAUAAAUAAAUUAUUUGGCACGGUAACCUUAGCAACGGCGAACCCCAUCGGUCUUCAAUCUAUUUUCUAAGCUGAAAAAAGAAAAACAAUUGUCCGUUCACUUUCACCGGCUACCUCACUUACUCACUAACAAGCUUAUUUAUCAGAGUAAAGUAGAGAGUAGAGUGCAACUUGUUACACUGAUUAAAAUCACUAUGAUAAACAUCGUGCACCAGAAAGUAACAAGCAAGCCGCCGAUAAGCCAAAAAUUUACAAAAUCACCCCAAAAUGCGGGGGCAAGAGAAAGAAGUAGUGAGAAAAAAACUAAAGAAGAAAUCAAAGAUUGCAAUCAGAAUAUAAUUGAGACUGAUUCCUGCUCCUUGGACCAGUUGUGCAGUAUGAUAAGCGACCUGGAGCAGAGUCUUGUCCAGGAAGUAGUCGCUGUUGAAACUUGCACUUUUCCCGCGGAGAAUCCUGCUGCUUUUAUUGACAUGGACCAUAUGAUUGAUAAAGAAGAUUGCGGACUUAGCGGAACUUCUGCUUCAACUUACGACGACAUAAUGUCUUUUUUAGGAACACUGGAGCAAGAUUGUCCAGUAGUAGACUUCGAAAGCUCUCCUAGACCCGAAAAACUCCCAGAAGAAAUCUACCAGCUGCAAUCUUUGAUAAAAAAUCCCAACCAAGCUUUAAGCGACAAGACCAAAGACGAUCUAGCAACUGCAUUGCUGCAAUUAGAGGACCGCGAGGCUACACUAAAGCUUCUGAAAGAAGAAUUAAAGAAUGAACGAAAAGCUGCCUGUGAUAAGUUAGAUUCCCAGAGAAAAGCUCACGUUACUGAAUUGCAAACCCAGAAGACAAAGUACCAGAAUAUAAUCCGCCGGCAUCAAAAAUUUGUCGAGCAGCUGAUUGAAGAAAAGAAGCAGCUGAGUGACAAGUGUAAUAAUUUAGCGAUUAAUAUUAAAGACAUGGAGAUAAAGUAUCAGAAGGAAUCAAAGCUAGCGAUGGAAAAACACGCGGUGGAAAUCCAGAGGACGAAAGAAAUGUGUUUAGCGGGUGAGAAAGUUCGGAGAGAAAGGUGGCUUGAAGCUAAGAAGAAUAAGAUUAAAGAGUCGACUGUUAAGGGCCUGGAGCCUGAAUUGAGGAACAUGAUUGACGCGCAUCAGAAAGAAGUCCUGGAGAUCCGCAGCGCGCAUAUGAAAGAGCUCCAGGAUGUUGAAUUAAGAGCUAUUAGACGCGCUAAUCAACAGCUGGAGGAACUUAGGUUGGAGUUGACUGCUAGCCAUGAUAAAGUCUUGGCUGGAGAGAAGGAAGCUAUGAGGCUGAGGUACCAAGAGAAGUUUGAUGAGCAAGAAUCGAUGAUUCAAGCUCAGCAAAGGAAGUUUUUUGAAGAUCUCCAGUUAGAAAAGAAGAAAUUUGCUGAAGAGUUGGAGAGAAGAGAUGCUGAGAGGGACGCUGAGCUUCAGCGGGUCAUUAAGCAAAGCCAGGAGAAGGUAGAGAAGUUGACUAGGGAGUUUGAAGCGGAUAGGAAGGCACUGAGGGAGAAUUUAGAAGCUGAGAGGGAGAUCUGGGUGGAGAAUUUUAAGAAGCAGCAGAGUUCCAAGUUUGAAAUGGCUGAGGCGAGGGUUAGAGACGAGUGCAACAGGGAGAGAGACAGACAAAUUGAGCUCGCGAUCUCGAGGAUAGAGAAGGAGACGAGAGAGGUUAAAGUGAGCUUGCAAAAGAGUGCGGAGAGCAAGCUCAAGAGCUUGAGGGAGAAGUACGAGGCUGAGUUGGAGGUAGCGAGGGAAAGUGAGCGAGUUGUUAGGGAGAAGUUGGAGUAUUGUGAAGGUGAGGUUGGCGGGUUGGAGAAGGAGUUGAGGAGGGUUGAGUGCAAGUUGAGUAAGUGUUUGGUUGAGCUCCAGGAUUUGAGGAAGUCGGAGGAGAAACUUACUGAGGAGCGAGAUCACGCGAAGAAAAUUGCGAGGAUGGAAAUUGAGAAGGAGAAGAAAGCUUUAGAGGAUAAAAAUGAUGAACUUUACAGGGAAAUUGAGCGGAUUAAUUGUAAUAGGGAUUCUAAUUUAGCGCAAUUGUACAGUAGGAUUAGGCUAAUUGUUACGCAGAAAGAUGUCGCGAUUAAGAGUCUUAGGAGGGAAUGUGAUGAGGCGAGAAAUAAGUGCGAUCAUUUGGAAAAAUUGAUAGAUCAGCAGCGGAAGGAGUAUGUGUUGAAAACUCUGUAAUUUUAAGAGGGUUUUUAUUACUGUAAAUAAGUAAAUUUAUUAUUUGUGCUUUCUUUUGGAGAGUAUUUUUUACAAUUAAAAG